AUGAGGACCUCACUGUCUGCAUUGGCUGCUUGCGCUGGGCUAGGUGCUGUCCUCGGCCAAGAGCUCGACGCGUCUCUUGUCGUGAAUCCAAAGAACAGCCCCGGAGUCGCUGGUAGCAUCUCAUCCCUGCCGGUCGAUAUCUCCAGCCUCCGCAAUAACCGAGGGUUCGGCAACAGUCCCGGCGACGCGGACUUUGACGGCUCCGGCGCCAGCUACCCGGCCGAGUUUCUACCGGACGAGAACUUCACCUAUGGAGGCGUGGACUUCAUCUUCCCACAGUAUCAGCAAAACAAUGGCAACGACAAUGUCUUGGCCGAAGGCCAGACGCUCAAUGUCACAAGCGGCCGCUACAUAGGCGUGCAAAUGCUCGCUGCGGCGGAGAGCGCCAUCGCCACGGGCUAUGUCAAUGCCGCGUACGCUGACGGCUCGACUACCAGUGGUGCCGUGUUGGUCGACCCGUUCUGGGCUUGGCCGUACCCAUAUGGUGGCGACAUCAUCUUCCCUUAUCACCUGACCAACGAGACAGUGGACUACAACCGAUCCAUGAUCUUCCGGACUGUCACCUGGCUCGACAGCUCGAAGGAGCUGACGAGCCUGCAGCUGCCGAACGUGACUUCUGGGGCGGGGAAUGGCCCAGGCGGCGGCGCGGAGCAGACGAGGCUGCACAUCUUCGCGGUGUCGUUGAUCCCGACCGACGCCGAUGGACUGAGCUUGAAUGUGGAGCUGGCCCGGAGCACCAACACGUGGGUCGAGGGCACCAACAAGACCCAGAUCUUCGAGGCCAUCAUCAACAACGUCGGCACCGACUGGGUCCUCGCCAACCAGAGCGUCACCGUGUCGAUCGAGUCCGACGGUGUGCAGACGGUCCAGCCGGGACGCAUCAACCGACUGCGGCCCGGAGACCAGGCUCGUGUCCAGAUUGGCGUUGUAAAUGCAGACGGCGUGGCAGAAGGGACCGAUGGCACUGCCACCUUGGUCAUCUCUGGCACCGGCCUGUCUACCAACUACACCAUCUACGCCCACGAGUCCCCACCGUGGUUCAACAACGCCAAGUACGGCAUCUUCAUCCACUGGGGGGUGUACGCCGUCCCCGGCUGGGGCAACUCGGGCAACAACGAGUCCUACGCCGAGUGGUACUGGUGGUGGAUGAACUCGGGCCCCGACAGCACCCGCGAUCGGACAUAUGAGUACCACCUCGCGACGUACGGGCCGGACGUGGUCUACGACGACUUCAUCGCCAACUUCACGGCGUCGCAGUUCGACCCCAAGGAGUGGGUCGACCUGUUCGCAGACGCGGGCGCCAACUACUUUGUCCAGGUGUCCAAGCACCACGACGGCUACGCCAUCUUCGACCUCCCCGCCAACGUCACGGAGCGCACGAGCGUCGCGCAGUUCCCCCACCGCAACCUCCUCCAGGAGAUCUUCGACGCCGCGGAGCAGCACCAGCCCCAGCUGCACCGGGCCACGUACUACAGCCUGCCCGAGUGGUUCCACCCGGACUACCGCUCCCUCGGCUUUGCGAGCUGGCCGGGUGGCAACGCCACGAACCCGUACACAAAUCAGACGCUGCCCUACACAGGGUACGUUCCCCUGGACGAUUACGUCUCGGACAAGAUCCUGCCCGAGAUGCGGACGCUGGCCGGCAUGGGCACCGAGGUCAUGUGGUGUGACAUCGGCGGCCCGAACAGGACGGCUGAGUUUGCGGCCGAGUACUUCAACGCUGCGGCCAGGAAGGGCAAGCAGGUCCUGACGAACAACCGGUGCGGCACCCCGGGGGACUUUGACACGCCUGAGUACGCGAGAUACGAGGCGGUCCAGGUGCGGAAGUGGGAGUCGAACCUGGGCAUGGAUCCUUUCAGCUACGGGUAUAACAGGGCAACGCCCGACGACAAGUACCUGACGGCUCAGGGCAUCGUGACGAGCCUGAUGGAUAUUGUCAGCAAGAACGGCAACUUCCUCCUAGAUGUGGGACCCACUGCCGAAGGUGUCAUCGUGGACAUUUCACAGCGCAACCUUCGCGCGGCAGGCGUCUGGAUCAAGUCCCACGCCGAGGCGAUCUUCAACACGACCUACUGGUCCAUCACACCAGAAGAGGGCGACACCGUCCGGUUCACCCAGACCCCCGACGCCUUCUACAUCAGCACCCUCUACGCGCCCAACGACACCCUCGUGCUCACCUCGCCCGUGCCCUACGUCGAGGGUGACGAGGUGACCGUCGUCGGCGGCAACGCAUCCGGCACCGUCGUCCCCAGUGAGCUCUCGGACGGCAGGCUGACGCUGACCAUCAGCGAGGCCGUGAGGGAUGCGGACGAGUAUGCUUGGGUGUUCAAGAUUGCCUAUGGCGGUGCCAACAGCACGAGUCUGAAUGGGCGCGACCCGGGGGAGGAGAAUGCUGCACGCGCAGUCGGAAGUUCUUCCUUGUUGGCGUUGACAGCGCCGCUGGUCCUCAUGCUAUUCAUGAUCUGA